AGGUCGGCCAGGAGAAUGAAGCUACAGCUACUGAAGAUUCAAACAGCCUCCUUCCCGACCCCGCUAAAACCAAGAGGGCGACAUGCGCAUUAAAAGGCUCCAGCCUGUUGUUGAUGCUGCUGGGCUUGACAAGGUUGGCGGACCGGAGGUUGUUAAGAAGAACAUGAUGCCGUCUUUUGCGGGUGGGCUUCGCUGUAUGACUGAAGAUUUCCACGAUGCAGUGGCUGUUUCGCAAGUCCAUGGCUCGCCUGAUAUAUCCACAACCUUGGCAUGUGAUCCAGAGUGGCCUGAGAUAAUUGAGACCCUUGAACAUGGGCAAAAAGCAGUCAAUAGAGCUGAUAUUACCAUUCAAAUCCAUCAGAUGAAGCUCCUUGACUACCUGCACAUAGUCAGGACUGGGCAAGUGUUUGGGACAGUGCUUGCUGUUGUCCACACCGUGGAGUUCCAGAAAACGGGGGUGCCCCAUGCACAUAUCCUUGUUUGGCAGGAGAAGAACGAUGAUCAGGCCCCUGCACUUGCUGAUGUUGAUCCAGAUGCUUGUACUGCUGCACCUGCCAACAGCUUCUGA